AUGAAGGCGAUGUUGCGUGGUUUCCUGCUGGACAGCUUGCCAGUCACCGAAGCCGGGCGGAGAAGGCGGAGGGACGAGCUCCGGCUGCACUCGGCGCAGGCGCACGCUGCCGUGUCGGUCGCGGGCAUCGUGUCGGCGUGCGACCUGAGGCCGACGGCCUCGGCCAGCACUAGCGAUAGGCGGCUAGGCACGGUGCUCGCAUCCGCCACGGCGCUGGUGGCCACAGUGUGCGCUGAGGCCACGGAGACCGCCGACGACAACCGCGGUCGCAUCACGUCCGCCGUGAGGACUGGCCUCGAGAGCCGCUCCUCCGCCGACCUGCUCACCCUCACCGCUACCGCUGCCACAUGUUUGAGGGGAGCCGCGGCGCUGAAGCAAAGGGCAGCUGACCUCAGGGGAAUCAGCACCACCACCACCAGCAGCAACGCCAUGGCCAUGAGCGUCAGCGCGGGCAUCCAGAAGGGCACGACUCUCAGAGUCUGUCUGCCUUGUGGAAGUGUGCGGGUGAGGACGGUGUCCGUCUUCCCGCGGCGCGGCGACGGCGCAACGGUGGUGCUGCGGUUGGGGAAGAAGCGCCUGCACGGCGCGUUCGCCACCUUCAAGGACUGUAAAUGUGGUCUCGGCGGUUGGAGACGGCGUUGGCGAGGCGGUGGUGGAGGGGCGGCCGGUGUUCCCGGUGAAGCUGAUCACGUCAAAGGAGGGGUGACGGUGCAGCUGCUGUUCGAGCACCAGACGCACUGCAAGGUCUGGAAGGCCGCCAUCGAGGGCAUGUUGGCCGAGAAGAAGCUCAAGCGCGUCAACCAACUGAACUGA